GGGUGGGUCCCUAUAAGAGCAGCUGCCUCAAGCUUCCACGUAGCCAGAAAAACCACGCUGAGACAGAGGGAAGGAAACAUACGCUGACGAACCUCAACCUGCACCCGAGGGACCCCAACACAGCAGACGGUGGGAACAUGAAGACUGUGGUGGCUCUGCUGCUGCUCUGUCUGUGUGAUCGUGGACAGAGUGACUGCCAGGCAGACUGCCUGUCCUGCAGCAACAUCCUGCCCAAACAGCUCAGUUUCAACACUAUGGUGUGUCUCACUGAGUGCGAAGGCAACGUCUCCCCAGCCUUCUACCGGGACUUCUGUCGUAAGGUGCUGUUGUCGCCACUUUCCUCCCUUAGUGGUACAGUGCGGAAAAGAUCUCAGGAGGAGGUGGAGGCCCUAUUUCCUGAGGAGGAACAGGUGGAAGGAGGUCUGUUGCUGCCCAUUGCAUUGCAGAGGUUCGAUCACAUGACCCGGGCACUCGGGGUGGACGAGAGGGAUCUGGGUGGCAAGGGCAGCCAGCUGGACACUACUUACAAUUCCCAGGAUGCCAUGUCUCUUGAGGAUGAGUAUGAGGACGAGGCAGGGCAAGAAGAAGGGGGUGCUGCUGCUGCUGAGGUGGCAUCAAGAGGACAGGGUGACGUAGGGCUGAGUGUCUCCAAGAGGUUUGGCGGUUUCGUCAAAGGGAGGCAUGGCUACAGGAAGUUGAUGUCUCCAGGAAGAUCUUACCAGAAGAGGUAUGGUGGCUUCAUCGGCAUUCGAAAGUCAGCACGCAAGUGGAACAACCAAAAACGUUUCAGCGAGUUCCUGAAGCAGUACCUGGGGAUGAGCACUCGGGCCACUGAGUUCAACAGUGUGUCAGAAGACCUCACCCAACAGAACGAAGUUUAAUAGAGUGCACCUUCAGUCCACUGACAUCAAACUAUUUCACUGAUUUCAAUCACCAACAUGUCAAACUUUAACUGGUGUCACCAAAGUUUGACCUACUGAGUCGAUGUAAAGACUCAGUAGGUCAAAAUUUAAAACAAAGCCCCUAAUGCAAGACCCCCAUUGGAGUCCUCGUAGAGUACUAGAGUAUCAUCAUUCUUGACCGUCCAGUGGAAAAGAAGUUUAAACACCUUAAAAUCAGCUCAUUCUGAGCAGUGGGACUCUAUAAUCCCUGGCAUCUUCCUGUCCUCCUGUCCAGCUCUGGACACCCUGAGUCAUUUCAGAUUUGUACUAGUUAAAUGAUCAUGUUUCAUUAGAUCCCCAAGCCUUUAUCCUCAAGAGCUUUGAAGAAAGCUCUGAUGUUGGGAAUUCCUGAUAAUCCCUCAGUGAUUUGCAGUAAGAUAUAGCAUUUAUUUUACUGUUAAAUGUAAUCUGUUAAUGUCCAACAGAUGUAAUCUGAAAGUGUGUAGGAGCCUCUGUUAACAAGUCUGGCAGGAGCACAACACUCUCUUUAUUAUACUCCCAUCUAGUGGCGAAAUUCAUAACUCAGUCUCUUUUAAAGGACAAAACCAGUAUUUUUCAUGUCUUGGGGCUAUGAUUAGAGUAAUGUCAGCAGUAAUGUAAGGUGUACUGUGUGUGAUUUGUGGUAAAUAAAUGAAAACAUGCAAAACACAGCUAAAAGUCAUUGAUUUAUCACUGUGCCAAAACACACCUGAGACAGGGCUACUAAAGAAGGUUUAAUAAAAAGAUCUCUCCUUCAAUCUAGUGCAACGGUGAAGUGAAAGACUAUACAACAACACUCAGUAUUCAUGCACAUAUGCUACUGAUCUGUCUACCAAACUUAUGUACAUGAAAGCAUCAUCUCUGACUGGCUCUUGUGUUCAGAUGCCAGAUUCCUGUAUGUAAAAAACAAUAUUUGCUAUUUGUUUUUCUUCAAACUGUAACAGUGUGAAAUGUUUUUGUUGCUCACUAUGAGAACUUGUAAAUAGCUUAAUUUAAACAUGUCAAUAAAGAUAGUUUACUAUUUCCUC